AUGGCCACGGCGGGGAAGCUUCAUCAACAUGAUACACAACGAUAUGGUCCCGGCGGACGUCCACUGCCCAAGCGAUCUCGGAGCUCCGGGCCUCGCAAGCCGCGGAAGGAAUUCUCCAAGAACGUCAAACAAGUUUUCAACUGGCUCUCCGUCGGCGUGCUAGUAACCUUCCUGGCAGACUCUGUCAUCUAUAUUGUUCAUGUGAUGGUAGCUAGGUCGGAGAAUUGGUGGCGUGGUCAGUCUGCAGUGGUUUAUAUCGUGGGCUCGUUCUUCUACUAUGCCGUUCUACUUAUGACCCUCCUCGACACGAAGCCCUCCCCAGCACUUCCCCAAUUCAUCUGCUGGUCCGUCGCCAUCCCUGUCGAACUGGAAACCCGGAAGGGCGGGCGGCUACGCCAGAGUAUCACCCCAUGGGAAGCUUUGGAAGUGGCCUCCAUGAGUCUGCGUGUUCUUUUGCUUUUCGCAUUGGUCCUGCUCUAUGCAAGCAAAUCCUUCACAAUCAAGGCGAGCAGCAAGAAGAGCCGCGUCAAUGGGGCUACUGAAUCGACCGGAUUGCUCGAUCCAUCCUCUGCGGAGAACGGCGCGGCGAAUGGCAACGGUCAUGCAUAUGGUGCAACCAACGGAAGCACGCGUCCAGAUUCGGCGAAGCCGCAAGACCCCUGGGUUCGGCCCACCACCAUGCCAUCCACCAACUGGUGGGAAUACCUGAGUGGUUAUUCUCUCUUUUUCCCCUACCUAUGGCCCUCCAAGUCCCGCCGACUACAGAUCGUUGUAAUGCUCUGCUUUGCAAUCCUCGUGCUCCAGCGGGUCGUGAAUCUGAUUGUGCCUCUACAAGUGGAAAAGGUGACUGCUGCCUUGACUGAAGAUGCGGGCCAAUGGCGUGUGCCAUGGCUCCAAAUCUUUCUUUACGUUGUGUAUCGUUGGUUCCAAGGCUCCCAAGGUCUGUUGGCUUCCAUGCGCUCCAGCCUAUGGAUCCCAGUGAGCCAGUAUUCCUACAUGGAGCUUUCGACCGCCGCCUUUGAGCACGUUCACGGUCUUAGCUUGGACUUCCACCUCGGCAAGAAAACAGGCGAGGUUUUGUCGGCUUUGAGCAAGGGUAGCUCAAUCAAUACGUUCCUGGAGCAGAUUACCUUCCAGGUCGUACCCAUGCUGAUCGAUCUUGGCAUCGCGGUGGCAUACUUCUUCGUGAAAUUUGACGUGUACUACGCUCUCGUGGUCGGCAUUUCGACCUUUGGUUACCUUUACGUGACGAUCCGCAUGGCCCAGUGGCGGGCGGAGAUCAGACGCCAGAUGGUCAAUGCUUCCCGCCAAGAGGACGCCGUCAAGAACGAUUCGAUGGUCUCUUACGAGACAGUCAAGUAUUUCAACGCGGAGCAAUAUGAGUUCGAUCGUUAUCGCGGUGCUGUGGGCGACUUCCAAAAGGCCGAGUACCACGUUUUAUUCUCUUUGACCCUGCUCAACACCUGCCAGAACACCGUGUUCAUGCUCGGAUUGCUGCUCACUUGCUUCAUAUGUGCAUACCAGGUCUCCAUCGGCCAGCGUGAUGUGGCUCAGUUUGUUGGGCUAUUAACGUAUAUGGCCCAACUCCAAGGUCCGCUGAACUUCUUUGGUACCUUCUACCGCUCAAUCCAGUCAGCGUUGAUCAAUGCGGAGCGUAUGCUUGAACUCUUCCGAGAGCAACCCACUGUGGUGGAUAACCCCCGCGCUGCUCCACUGGCGGUCUGCAAGGGUGACAUUCGGUUCCAGGACGUCGAGUUUUCUUAUGACUCUCGCAAGCCGGCAUUGAAUGGACUUUCUUUCCACUGUCAACCCGGCACCACCACCGCCCUGGUCGGUGAGUCUGGCGGUGGCAAGUCAACUGUCUUCCGUCUUCUCUUCCGGUUCUACAAUGCUGAGAAAGGACGCCUUACCGUGGAUGGGCAUGAUGUUCAGGACCUCACUAUCGACUCGGUUCGCAAACAUAUUGGCGUUGUGCCUCAAGACACAGUGCUAUUCAACGAGACUCUCAUGUACAAUCUCAAAUACGCUAAUCAGAACGCGUCUGACGAAGAGGUUUACGAGGCUUGCCGUGCUGCCAGUAUCCAUGACAAGAUCCUGGCAUUUCCUGACGGCUACAACACCAAGGUCGGUGAACGUGGGCUUCGUCUCAGUGGUGGCGAGAAGCAGCGUGUUGCAAUUGCCCGCACUAUCAUCAAGAACCCUCGCAUCAUCCUUUUGGAUGAAGCAACCGCAGCCCUUGACACCGACACUGAAGAGCAUAUUCAGCAUGCCCUGUCCACCCUUUCUCACGGCCGCACGAUGCUUGUCAUUGCGCACCGACUAAGUACCAUCACAACCGCAGACCGGAUUCUGGUCUUGCACAAUGGUCAAGUCGCCGAGGAAGGAACUCAUGAGUCGCUACUCGCGAUGAAGGGUCGCUAUGCUAGCAUGUGGCGCAAACAGAUCAGAGCGCAAAAGGCGGCUGCAGAAGCUCAAGUCCUUCAGGACCGUGCCGAACGCAUUCGCAACGCAACCAACAGUGACGAUAGCUCUAGUCAAUCUGAUGAGGAUCGCAAUGCUCGUCAGUAUCCAGCGAGAUAA